UGUUACUGUAAUUAGAAUUGUUUCCAUCUAUUUUAGUCUAAUUAGAUUAGCUGUAGACUAAUUCGUUUCUCUUGGAAUUGAUUGUAUUCUAAACCUUAUUGGAAAUUCAUCUGAACCUAUUGGUCUUCAUUUCUUAACCUUCUUAUUUUUGGUUUCGCCAAUUUUUACACUUCAGAGCCUCAUUUCCAUCAAUAAUCAUUUGGUUUUACAAAUGACCAUUCAGCUGAUUUAAGAUCAAUCCUUUUGAGUAUUGUUUUCAUUUUGUAUAAAUUUUUUAAUAUUUUCUGUUUUUCUAAAUCAAUUUUUCUAAUUUAUCAGACCUACUGAUUAUGGGAAAAUCAGUCGGAAGGAGUCGAGGCAGAAGCCGAAGUCCAUCUAGUCGAGGACCUGAUGGUAAAUCUUCUCGAGCCGGAAGUGGUUCAAGAUCACGAUCAAGAGGCCGAUCUGAUGGACGUGCAUCAAGAAGACAUAGAUCUAAAAGUAGAAGUCGAGAUCGUAGUAAAGCCCAUGGAAGAUCUUGGAGAUCGCCACCUCGAUGGGCAGAAAGGUGGAGUAAUGGUCGACGUGAUAGAUAUGGUGAAAGCUCUCGUUCCAGAAGUCCAAGAAGGUAUGGUGAUGAUUUACCUCCCGAAGAAAGAGAUCAACGGACCAUUUUUGUCAUGCAACUUGCUGCUCGUGCUCGAUCUCGUGAUUUAGAGGAAUUUUUUUCCGCCGUAGGUAAAGUAAGAGAAGUUAGAUUAAUCAUGGAUAACAAGACUAGAAGACACAAGGGUAUUGCUUAUAUUGAAUUUUACGAUAUAAGUUCAGUUCCCUUGGCGUUAGCCUUAAAUGGACACAAACUUUGUGAUCAUCCCAUCAUCAUACAGCCAACUCAUGCGGAGAAAAAUCGAGCCGCUGCUUCAACCACAUCAGUACAAAGAGGUGUCUCUGGUCCAAUGAGACUUUAUGUGGGCUCACUUCAUUUUAACAUAACCGAAGAAAUGUUAAAAGGUAUUUUCGAACCUUUUGGUAGAAUUGAUAAAAUUGAAUUGAUGAAAGAUCCGGAAACAGGUCGUUCCAAAGGUUAUGGGUUUAUUACAUUUCAUGAUGGUGAAGAUGCAAAGAAAGCACUUGAACAAUUAAACGGCUUUGAGCUUGCUGGUAGACCAAUGAAGGUUAAUUAUGUUACCGAACGAUCGGAUAAUAUGGUUCAAGGUCCAUCGAUAUUGGACAGUGAUGAACUUGAUCGAACCGGUAUUGAUCUAGGAACCAUUGGAAGGUUACAAUUAAUGGCUAAAUUAGCCGAAGGAACCGGAAUUGAAUUACCUAAGGCAGCGGUUUCGGUCCUGCAAAUUGGACAAGCUGCAAACGCCUCCAGUAAUACCACUGUUGCCCCUGUAAUAAAUUAUAACGAUUAAUGUAUUAAUCAGUGAACCAAGAAAAACACACAAAUUACAAAAUUAUUUUGACUAGAAAACCAUCAAACAGAUAAAAAAACAACAACAACAACAACAACAAAAAGAGACAAAAAGAAAUAAGAAAAUCGCAAAAAAUAAAUUCGACAUAAACAAAACUCCAACAUCUUUGUUUUCUUCUCAAGAUGAUUAGAUUUUAUACGCUAAAAAGCCAAAGCAGUUUCUCUUUGGUAAUUAAACAACAAUUUACUCAAAACACCAACAAUCAAACAAUCAAGUUGAUUGCUAAUCACAACGAUAUUGGAGAUUGGCAGUUACAAAAUUUGAUUUCUUUUCUUUUAAUCAUCAUCAUCAUCUCUCUCUCUCUCUCUCUCUCUCUUGUUUUUGUAUGAAAAGAAAUCAAUCCAUUGUUAAUGUUAUAUAUAUUAUUGGAUUCAAUGGAUUAAUUAUAUUAAUUAACAAGCAAUUAACACGUUGAAUUGAUUAAAUCGCCUUUUCACUCGA